ACUAACUUUCUUUUGUCCUCUAGGUGCCAACAUCCUGAGAGACUCCACUGGCAACAUAAAGCUGGGGGACUUUGGGGCCAGUAAACGCAUACAGACCAUCUGUAUGUCAGGAACUGGCAUCAAAUCGGUCACCGGUACACCUUACUGGAUGAGCCCAGAGGUCAUCAACGGAGAAGGAUACGGACGCAAAGCUGAUGUCUGGUCUGUGGCGUGCACAGUGGUGGAGAUGCUUACCCAGAAGCCUCCCUGGGCGGAAUACGAGGCCAUGGCAGCCAUCUUUAAGAUAGCCACACAGCCCACCAAACCCAUCCUCCCUGAGGGCGUCUCCGAGGCCGCCCGGGACUUUGUGCGCCAGGUGUUCAUAGACGAGAAGUGGCGUCCCACGGCCGAGAACCUCCUCUCACACCCCUUCGUCCAAGGGGGGUUCUGACCCUAACCCCUGACCUCUGACCCCUCCAGGGCCACCCUGCCUUCAAGGCCUCUCCACAGCUCCAGUCCUCCAGGCUUCCAGGGCCCAGCACCAUAAUGCCAACUGACCCCAGACCUGAUCAUAACCUGAGCCCCAGUCUCUCU